CGACCAACCCACCACGCACCCAGUGCACCACUCCUGCACACAGCACACCGCACACACCACGCCGGCUCGCGAUUCAGGCCCCAAACCAAAGGGUCAGCGCCGACAGAUCCCCCAAACCCCACACGAUUCAGCCUUCGAAUUCCGGCCUGCGGCUUAGCUGCUAAACAAACCAAACGUGACAGCAGAUCGAGCCACAGCGCAGAGGAAGAAAACCAAACCAAAUCCUUCCAUUCAAAGCCCCGAGAUUUUCAAAUGCAUUUAACAGUUUCCUUAAGUAAAACAAAACCCCGCAAUACAAGCACCGGCGUCCUCUCUCUCUCGGCUCCGGCCGCCGCCUCCGCGCAGCCGCUACUGCUUGCUCCGCGCUCGCCUCCGCCGUCGUGGCCGCGGCGAGCUCGAGCGGCGGGGGAAGGGAGUGGUGCGGAACUCGGGUGUUGCUUGCGCUGGUUCGAAUCGGAGGAGGGAGGAGUGGAGUAAUAAUUUGGAGGCAGUUGGGGGAGUGUAACUUUGGGCAUUAAUGGCGGGGUGGUGAGACCCCAAAGUGAGGGCUGAGGUGGUGGCGCUCUGUAGUUACCUGCGUAGCUCUGCCUCUGCCCCCUCGCCUUUAUUGCGUUUAAUUUCCCUCCGAAUUCCAGCGCUUCCGCCUCCUCUCCAACUCCAUCGACACCUGUAACGUGGAGCGGGCAUGGAAGGCGGCGGCGGGAGGAGGAGGCGGUCGAGGAGAUGACGCGCGCGCGAGGAAUCUGGGCGCUGCUGCUCGUUGCGCUGGUGGCGGCGGCGCCCGGGGUGGUGGUGGCGCAGUGGAACCUGACGUCGCGGGCGGAUCUCCUGGGUCUGUACGCGCUGCGGGGCUCUCUCGGGCUGCGGGCGCGGGACUGGCCGCGCCGAGCGGACCCGUGCACGGCGUGGGCGGGCGUGGGCUGCCGCGGCGGGCGCGUCGUGUCCCUCACCCUCGUCGGGCUGCGACGCACACGUCUGGGGAGCCUGACCCCGCGCUUCGCCGUCGACGGGCUGCGCAACCUCACGCGGCUCGAGGCCUUCAACGCGGCGGGGUUCGGGCUCCCCGGUUCCAUCCCAGCUUGGCUCGGCGCAAGGCUCGCACCCACCUUCCAGUCCCUCGACAUCUCCGCCUGCGCCGUCUCGGGGGAGAUCCCCGCCUCGGCGCUCGCUGGCCUCGGCAACCUCACUACCCUCAACCUCGCGGGGAACCAACUGUCGGGGCAGCUCCCGGCCACCGCGCUCGCGGGGCUCACGCGGCUCAGGACCCUCAACCUCUCGGGCAAUGCGUUCUCGGGCGCGCUGCCCGACGCAGUUUGGUCGCUCCCGGGGAUGAGCGUUCUCGACGUGUCUCGGACAAACCUCACCGGCGCAUUGCCCGCGGCAGGGCUUGCGCUGCCAGCAAAUGUGCAGGUGGUGGAUCUGUCCGGGAACCUCUUCUAUGGCGGCGUGCCGGACUCCUUCCGCCGGCUGUUCGGCCGGGUGGUGCUGGCCAAUAUCUCUGGGAAUUACUUUUACGGCAAGCUAGGUGUGAAUGUGUCGUUUGAGUUGAAUUGCUUCCUUGACGUUCCGGGACAGCGUAGCCAGGCCGAUUGCCAGCAGUUCUAUGCCAGGCGUGGGUUGCCGUAUGAUGGGCCAGUUAUGCCACCCGCGCCACAGCCUGCACCCUCCGCACCUGCAAGGAAGAAGAAGCACAAGAAUUUGAAGUACAUACUGAUUGGGGCCAUUGGCGGAGGCCUCCUGCUGAUAGCUGUGGUUGCAGCCAUUGUGUUUUGCUUUGUGUGUUCUGGGAGGAGGAUGAGUGAUCAGAGGGAAAGUGGGGCUCCAACUGCACCGCCGGAGGUGUCAGAUACAGGUGUGGCUACUGCUACUGGUGGCGCACAGCUUUCUGCAUUGUCCACGAACAUGGCGAAGGUUGGUGAUUCAUUUGCUUACGACCAACUUGCCAGUGUCACCUCAGGAUUUGGGGAGGAGAGGCUUAUCAAGCAUGGUCACUCAGGUGAUAUCUACCAUGGUGUGCUCCAAGAUGGGACUGCCGUGGUGGUGAAGAGGAUCACUGCCCGUGUGGCUAGGAAGGAUGCAUAUCUGUCGGAGUUAGAUUUGUUUGCGAAGGGAUUGCAUGAAAGGCUGGUUCCGUUCAUGGGGCAUUGUCUUGAUAAAGAAGAAGAAAAGGUUCUUGUGUAUAGGUUUGCUCGAAACGGUGACUUAUCAAGUGCACUGCACAGAAAGUCAAGGGAGGAAGAGGAGGGCAUGCAAUCUUUGGAUUGGAUAAAGAGGUUGAAAAUUGCCACAGGGGUGGCUGAGGCUCUUUGCUAUCUGCACCAUGAGUGUACUCCACCAAUGGUUCACAGGGAUGUGCAAGCCAGCAGUAUCCUUCUUGAUGAUAAAUUUGACAUACGCCUUGGUAGCUUGAGUGAGGUGUGUCCUCAAGAAGGGGAAGGUCACCAAAACGUUAUCACAAAGCUGUUGAGAUUUUCUUCGACGGCAAAUCAAGGUUCUUCGGGUUCUUCAUCUGCAACGUGCUCAUAUGAUGUCUAUUGCUUUGGCAAAGUUUUACUGGAGCUGGUGACAGGAAGGAUUGGCAUCAGCGCAUCAAACGAUGCUACCACAAGUGAAUGGCUUGAUAACACCCUGCGCUACAUCAAUAUUUAUGAGAAGGAGCUCAUGAGCAAGAUCAUUGAUCCAACCCUUAUCAUUGAUGAGGACCAUCUGGAGGAAGUCUGGGCAAUGGCCAUUGUUGCCAAGUCAUGCUUGAAUCCUAGGUCUUCUAAACGUCCUCCAAUGAAGUACAUCCUAAAAGCACUAGAGAAUCCCUUGAAGGUGGUGAGGGAAGAUAACGGCUCUAGCUCGGCCAGGUUGAGAGCAACGUCAUCAAGAGGUUCAUGGAAUGCCGCAUUCUUUGGGAGUUGGCGGCAUAGCUCGUCUGAUAUAGGUCCUUCAAGGGAUGACAACAUUCUGAAACGCUCGGAGACAAUAAAAUCAUCCGGGGGGAGCAAUGGAGAUCAUUCAUCAUCUCGCAGGAGGCAAUCUAAGGAGAUCUUCCCCGAGCCAUCUGGCUCUCGUGACACGGAGGAUUAAGGAGCUUUUCAUUACUAAGUGAUCAUUCUGGUAAAGAAAGACGGCCUCUGUUGAAGCUCUGCUGCCAGCUUCUGACAGUCAUAGAAUUCAUUCGUCUGAAAAAUCGGAAUGUGAAUUCUCUCCUUGUCAAUGACUCCACAGCAGCACACUGGCGCCAUGGUAUCAUUUUUUAGGGAAGGAGCAGAUGGUGGUGUGUACGUUGGUGUACGACAAUGGCGUGCAGUCGGUGGCAGUAAGAAACAAUUCUUUCACUGUUGGAGUCUCUGGUUUCUCUCUUCUGUCCCUUUUCUUUUUCCCUCCUCUCGAUUAAAGAAAGAAUGGCGAGCUGAUUCUUUUUCUUCUCCCUACUGUAAUUGAUUGCUUCAUUGUUGAUCAUAGCAAAAAUUUUCGUUUCGUUCAUGUUCA